AUGUCCAUCGAGGUCGAUUGGGGGACUGCAACCUCUGGUCCAGACGGCGAGGCUCUGGCUGAGCGUAUCCGCUCCUUCAUCCACGACAAAUUCCAGCAGGUGCCCCUCCCACGAUUCAUCCGCUCUGUCCAAGUCCAUGCCUUUGAGUUUGGAACCAUCGCGCCUGAUCUCGAGAUCAAAGACUUUUGCGAACCGUUUGCCGACUUUUACGAAGAUGACGACGAUGACGCGGCCUCUGACAUCUCGGAAGAGUUGAGCCACGACGAUCUGUGGCAUGGAACGCAAUCCGAGCUCAACGAGCCCUCCUCCUUUCGCGAAGACGUACCGAUAACUAGACACCAUCAUAGCCUUCGAGAUCCCUUUGAUACCGAUCAUCGCCGUCUACCGUCCUCCCCGUUACGCUCCCCAAUCGCUCUCGGAGACCACCUCAAUCCUCACUUCUUGCCUCGCGCCGGUACACCAGGUAUUCCCGGCGGAACUUCGACAUUGGGCUACCACCUCAUGUCUUUGGGAGGCCUCUCGGGUACGCAGACUCCUCUCGCUGCCGUCGCAGGUGGCUCUCCAUUUGCCAACAACUGGCCGGACUCGACGGGACAUGGGAACAGGGGCGGGAAUCGACCGUCCGCGCACCACCGCCCCGACGCAGAUAUCGACUCUAGCAAUCCGACCUCGCGUCCCUCAACAGCAAGCACACACCCCUCCGGCUCAAAAAAGAAUAGUCGGGAUGGAUCCCAUCACCCAGAUGAGCAUCUUGCCGACGAUCCAGCUCAUCCCUCUGGUCCCCUCGGCCUCCCACCUCGCAUGCGAGAGCGCCGGCCGGAGGAUUUCCAAGUCCUCUGCCACGCCAAAUAUGCUGGUGAUAUCAAAAUAUCUUUGACCGCUGAAAUACUUCUCGAUUACCCCAUGCCCAGUUUCGUCGGGCUUCCUCUCAAGUUGAACGUCACCGGUGUAACAUUCGACGGCGUCGCGGUAAUAGCCUAUAUCCGCAAACGCAUUCAUUUCUGUUUUCUCUCUCCAGAGGAUGCCGAUGCACUAGUUGGCUCCCCUAGUAACGACCACAGCCAACAAGACUCCGGUCCCGGUUCGGACCUCAAACAAAAGGGUCUCGGCCUUUUGCAAGAAAUCCGAGUUGAGAGCGAGAUUGGCCGCAAGGAGGACGGGAAGCAGGCUCUCAAGAACGUCGGCAAGGUCGAGCGCUUUGUUCUUGCCCAGGUGCGGCGGAUCUUUGAGGAAGAGCUUGUGUUCCCGAGCUUCUAUACAUUUCUUGUUUGA